AUGUCUUCUGAUGCGUCAGAAUAUACUAUUGGGGGAGUGAAGAUUAUGUUCCCUUGCAAGGCUUACCCUUCACAACUUGCCAUGAUGAAUGCUAUUGUUAAAGGCUUAAAUAACAGGCAACACUGUUUGUUGGAGAGCCCUACAGGAAGUGGCAAAAGCUUGGCAUUGCUCUGUUCUGCGUUAUCCUGGCAGCAGUCUCUCUAUGAGAAAUCACUGCUUACAUCAUCAUGCGAAAAGGAAGACAGAAAGCCAGAGACCUCACCACCGUGUGGCUGCACGUGUCAUUCCCAAUCCAGGAGCAAUGAAGCUGCAACAAGUGUGAAUGGUGGUGCUUCUUGUUCUUCUAAUAAUUAUGAAAGUGGAAGUUCCAUAAAACCUAGAAGCCUGCUAACAAACACAGAAUAUAAGGAAAAUGAAACGCUAGCUUCAAAACUGUCUGCCAAAAAAAGGUCAUCUCUCUGUGACAAUGAGAAUGGUGAUUUUCAAGUAGACAGGAAAAGGAUUCGCCCUUUAGAAACUGAGCAGCAGGUUAGAAAACGCCAUUGUUUUGCAAAAGGAGUGCAGCUAGUUGAUGCCUUAGAAGUUUAUCAUCAGAGAAAGAAUGGAGAGCUGAUUGUUCACUCUGAAAAAAGUGUGAAAACCACUACUUUUUCUCCCAAAACAUCUUCUGGCCCUUGCACUGAGUGUUCCUGUUCUUCUGGAAAAGCAACUGAUAAAGAUACUGGUAACACAAAGAAGAAAGAAAAUGGAGCUCGGUCGUUCAUUCCCAAAAUAUUUUUUGGAACGCGAACGCACAAGCAAAUAUCCCAGAUUACCAGAGAGUUGAAGAGAACGGCGUAUUCCAGUGUCCCUAUGACAAUUCUUUCUAGCCGGGAUUAUACCUGUAUUCAUCCGGUGGUAUCUAGUAGUGGUAGUAACAGGAACGAAAUGUGUGUAGAAUUGCUGGAAGGAAAACAUGGCAAGUCCUGUCUUUACUAUCAUGGUGUUCAUAAACUCAGUGAACACCAUGCCCUACAGUCUGCACAUAGGAUGUAUCAGGCUUGGGACAUUGAAGACCUAGUGAGCCUGGGAAAGAAGCUUCGUGCUUGUGCAUAUUUUGCGGCCAGAGAACUCAUGGUGGGGGCAGAUAUUGUAUUUUGUCCUUAUAAUUAUCUCCUCGACUCGCAGAUACGGGAGAGUAUGGAAAUUAACCUAAAAGGCCAAGUAGUCAUUUUAGAUGAAGCCCAUAAUAUUGAGGACUGUGCUCGGGAGUCAGUGAGCUACAGUGUUACAGAAAGUCAACUAAGAGCUGCUCGAGAAGAGCUGGAUUUGAUGGUCAAUAACAACAUCAGACGGAAGGAUCAUGAGCCCCUGCGGGCUGUGUGCUGCUCUUUGAUAAACUGGUUACAGGAGAGCUCUAGUCUACUAGUAGAAACAGGGUAUGAAACUUCCUGUAAGGUCUGGAGUGGAAAAGAAAUGCUCACCAUUUUGCACAAAAUGGGAAUAACUGGUAUCACUUUUCCCAUUUUACAGAAACAUCUUGCUACCGUCCUGGAAAAAGAAGAAAAAAUGUCAGUGCUCGGUAGAGAGGAACUUAUUGUGAUACCAGUUGUGAGCCCUGCCACUCAGAUUGUGCUGAAAGGGUUAUUCAUGGUUCUUCUAUGUCUUUUUAAAGAUAAUAGCAGGUAUGCAGAUGAUUACAGAGUUGCUCUACAACAAACUUACACUUGGGUGAAUGAAAACCAAGUUGAUGUUUCUGAUACAAAUGCCUUCUCUAUGCGGCCCAAGCGUAAAAGGAGUUUGCGGCAGAAAACCGUAGUCCACAUGCUUAAUUUUUGGUGCUUGAAUCCCGCCGUGGCUUUUUCAGACUUAAGUGAUGUUAGAACAAUUGUUCUGACAUCAGGUACACUCUCUCCAAUGGAUUCAUUUUCUUCAGAGCUUGGUGUGAAGUUUUCCAUUCAGUUGGAGGCAAAUCACGUUAUUCGGAACUCACAGGUUUGGGUUGGCACUGUUGGAGCAGGCCCUAACGGUCGGAAGUUAUGUGCCACGUUCCAGCAUACAGAGACCUUUGAGUUCCAGGAUGAGGUGGGAGCACUUCUGCUUUCAGUGUGUCAGACAGUUGGCCAAGGAAUUUUGUGCUUUUUGCCAUCCUAUAAG